UCUCUGCUUUGUUCCACUGUGUGCAGUGGAAAGAGACGGCAAAGACGGAGGAGACAGAAGGGCUGACAUGUGACAUCACUAACUAAAGCAGGGAAGUGAGGAGUGAGCCCUGGGCUGGAUGGGACCCACCAUGCCCCCCAGUAAGAAGGCCCAGAGCCCCAGUAGUGGAGCCAGUGCCUCGCAGGGUAUGAGCCCGCCGUACCGGCAGGGGGACGCCGCCACAGCAGCAUCUGAGGCCGAAGCGGCUGACCUCUCCCUGUCCCUGUCUGCCUCCUUUUCCAAGGCUGAGGACGAGGAGCUCACCAGCCUCUCCUGGCUCCACGAGAGCACCGACCUCCUCAACAGCUUCAGCCACUCGGGGCUGCGUAGCGUCUCCCCCCUGCAGGACCCUGACGGUCAGCACCCCCGCUCGCCCUCCUCCUCGUCUCCCUCCCCGGACGACCCCCUGCUUGGCGAUGCACACUCAGCGUACGACUUGGCAGCAGGGGCAAACCGAAAACCGCCGUACUCCUUCAGUUGCCUGAUCUUUAUGGCCAUCGAGGAUGCGCCAAAUAAGCGGCUGCCGGUGAAGGAUAUCUAUGGCUGGAUCCUGGAGCACUUCCCUUACUUUGCAAGCGCCCCCACAGGCUGGAAGAACUCAGUGCGCCAUAAUCUGUCACUCAACAAGUGCUUCAAGAAGGUGGAUAAAGACCGGAGCCAGAGCAUAGGCAAAGGCUCUCUGUGGUCCAUAGAUCCGGAGUACAGGCACAACCUGAUCCAGGCGCUGAAGAAGACACCGUAUCACCCCUACUCGCCCGGCCUGGCCACCCCCUCCACGUCCCCACCCACCCUGCCUCCGACAUUUCACCACAGGCACAUCACAGCCUUCCACGUCCAUCCCCCUGUUCCCCCCGCCUUUCCUCCGGCUCCCAACGCUCCUCCGUUCCGCUGCUCUCACACUCUUUCCUUCUCUUUUAAUGUCCCGCACACCCUCCCGCUCAUCCUCAGGCAUACAUUACAGCUAGUGGGGCACCCAUUCCAGCCGCCUGCUGUUCAGCCCACAGCAUCAGACAGGCUGGAUUUAGCCGAGCCCAGCGGUCUUCCUCGUGGUGUGAUCCAAAAUGGCGCCCGUGUCAGAAGCCAGGCACUCUUCCCUGUGAUAAGACCCCUACCUGUUAGCCCUGUGGGGAGCAGAACCUCGGCCAUAAGAUCAUCCCUGGGAGAUUAUCUAAGCCGAGGACAGGACAGCCCAUCCUGCUACUCCCCUCCGCCCUGCAGCGAGGACCUCCAGGACGACCACACUUACAGCACCGCCAAAUCACCCAGCAGGCUGUGCUCCUCCCAAGUCACCGACCCUUCAUCCCCGCUGGACGACGACGACGACAUCAUCGCCGUGGAGAUCCAGUCAGACGUCAAACCCGAGCCCCGGGAGAUCCCACUGGAUUCUCACAUCACCACUGCCGCCGCUACCUACAUUUCCCAGCAGCCCCUGCGCGGACAGAGACGUAGUUCGGGGGCGGGAGCUGGGACUCUGGCAGGGAGCAGUUUGCCCUGGACCAAAAACCGAGCGAGGGGCAUUAGCGACACGCUGCCGCUGAAGAAGCGGCGCGCGGCGGCGGUGGAGAAGCCGCCGGAGAGCGACGACGAGGAGAUGAAGGAGGCGGCGGGGUCGCUGCUCCACCUGGCGGGGGUCAGAGCCUGCCUCAACAACAUCACAAACCGCACCGCCAAGGGCCAGAAGGAGCAGAAAGAGGCCCUGAGAAACUAAGACACACACAUAGAACAAGUACAUAGUCACACAAACACACACAGACAGUAUACAGCUCAACGCACGCACACACACAUUAGCACACAGACACACAUACAAUACACAAAUAGGUCAACAGGUAACGUUACUACAGCAUUAGUCUCAACGGACACUUCUCAUCUCCCUCUAUCUAUCUGCAGGGCAUUAGGUGAAUCCUACUUAUUUGUGGCAAUAUCAAAAAUCUAUGUUUUCCUACAUGUUCAGCAACACUAACAUCAAUGGGUAUUUCUCAUGUGUCUUUGUUGUUUUUGUUGUUUAAAAGGGGAUGAAAGCCAUAAAAAAAAGCAUGUUUUGUCACUAAUUUGGACAAGUUGAACACGACAAAACCGAAUCACAUUGAGGAGCGUACAGUACACGAACACAGAAGAUGGCUGUUUGUCUUACCUGUUUGUUUCUAUGUGAAUCUGUAGCAAUCUCGCAGUGAUGCCAGCAAAGACGGCAGCGCCGACGAGACGAGCCCAUUUAACGUGACUUAGGGGCUCUCUCGGCCGCUCACUAGCGUCACUCGCCUACAUCCACGAGCACAAAUGUGAGACUGUGCCAAAGAUAAGCGACCAGGUUGCUUCAUGUAGCCGAUACGACAGCUGACAAAAAAAAAAAAGGAAGGCAUAGUAGUCAAGGAGAGCUAGAGAGAAUGACCUUAAGUGUCAAAAUAAUUGUAAAACCCAAUGUGAUAUAUAUUCAUGCACUUAAGAUUAUUUAACGCCACUUAUAAUAGAAGCAUCAUGGGUAAAGACAUGGUUUAUUUCAAGAGCACUCAUAGUAUUUAAGAAUAGAUAUUUUAAAAUUUAAAAAAAAUGGUCAUGUUUAUCACCAUAGAGAUGGAUAGUGUGCCGGGUCUGAGGCAAUAUCUCCUUCAUUUUGUUGUUGUUGUUGCAUAAUGUAAACGUCCCUAAAACUUCCCCAGUACUUCUGUCCAUAGACGUAGACACCUGGUAUAGAUAUCGUAGCUACCAGUAGCUACCACACCUUCCUAUUCAUUUGACAAUGUCAAAGAACUAUAUACAUAAACUGUGGGUUUUAGAUUUCUGUUUGUGUCUGUUUACCCUCACUCUACCCUCAUAAAGAUAUAAGCAAUUUGUCCCGUGUGGGCAACUCUGUAAAAAGGUUAGAAAAUAUUUUAUUUUUUUCCUUUCUUAAUUGAAGCAAUUUGACCUGCAGGACUUUCUCAGUUAUAUUGCAUGGGUGCUUGUAAAUAAGAUAAAAAGCAAAUCUUUUUUAUUCAAAGAUCAUGUAAGAUAAACAAUGUAUUUAGCAUGAAGCAUGACUUAUUUUCAUAUAAACCUUGAUCCUAGAGGAAAGAAAAAAAGUUUUGCCGCCAAUUCUUAUACCCGUGAUUAUAUUGGAUUUUUUUGUUUUUGUUUUUUUGUUUUUUUGUUUUGUUUUGUUUCAUUGAAUCUUUUGGGUUCUGUUUUUCUGAGCGGGCUUUCAAAGACACGUCUUCAGGGAGGAAUGUGGGAGAUCACUCUGCAAUUAGAGGCCCCGAGGGCGCCACCUCCGGGCCUCGGGUCAGGCUAUGUAGGCCAGCUGAAUCACCUCUUAGGGGUGGGCUUCCGUCUUCUUCUGCCUGUACAGUGAUUUUUAGGUGUUCAGUGUUAACCCCAGUGUUAUUUCAGAACACAUCUGUAGAGUGUGUGAGUUUGUGUGCCCAGGAACACACACCCUUUAACAUUGUGCCUGCCUGCCUGCCUGCCCUCAGUACCUCUGUUGUCAUGUCUCUGACAUGUUUUUGACAGAACGUUACCUGUCUUUAUUUAUAACAGUAUUGUUUUUUCUCUCUCCUGUGUGUAAAUGUACAUGUGUCCUUAUUUUCCAUCCGCUUUGUUCAAUGUAAAUGUAUGGAUCAGACGGGCAUGGAAACUUUGUAGGUGUCCUGAGAGAACCUCAUAUCUCCAAAAAGGCUACUUGGGAGUUGAACUGAAAAGAAAGAGGAAUGUAGGAGACGGCAUAAAUGACAAUUGUCUUUUGCAUUUACAUACAGUAUUGUUAACCGUUUGAUUAAAGAAAUUAGCUGCCGUUGUGGAUGUCAAGCUUGCACACAGUCUAUUAUAUAUUUAUCUCAAGAGCCCAAUCUGGAGAUCAGAGGUUAUUUUUGUUAUAUUUGACCACUCUACAAGGUGUAUGUGUACCUCAGUUAGGGUCAUAAAACACUGACUUGAUUAAAAUUCCCAAGGGCAGUAGUGAGCGCUGACAUUUUUGCAUCAGAAGUGAUAUAGAUACUGCACUGCCAUUACUCGGCAUGCUUUUGCUGAAACAGGAAUGCAUUAAAGUAUUAAUUUCCCCCCACUUGCAGAGAUGCAGUGCAUAUAAAAAGCAGCUUUGUAGGAGAAAACAUAGGCUGGGUUUGGUUGUAGCAGCAGAGUCAGGAAAGGGUUUUGUUUAAGCUGUUGAGUGACUGUCAGCGAGCCAAGCAGGCAAACAAAUGCAUGUCCCAUCCACUGGUACGGUAUUUUGCCACCUGUAGCAUGCAUCACUGGCUUUGCAUUUUGUAUGGUAUCCAUGCCGACAUAUAAAAAAACGCUAAAAGGAGACACUGUCAGUGUUCUUGUUGUGUGCCAUCCGUCUCUCGUCUGAUAUCUGUCUGAGUGCCCCCGCGGCCCGGGUCAAGCACUCUGCUGUAUUUGCAGUAACAAUCCACUGUUGUGGUGACUAAUAACGUGUUCAGCUGGCAAGAGGCAUGUCGAGGGGAGAAUGUGUUGCUUUAGCAACAACCCUUUUUUUCCUCUGACUCGCUCGGUGACACGCAGGAAAGAUGAACUCCUGACCUAUGAGUCCUGGAAAAACAGAGCAACACAUACAAUAUACGUGGGAUAUUUUAAAGCAAAGGAAAUAUACUUCACUGCCUGAAAAUCCCCUUAAAACAAGUGUUUCUUUCAAACCUGCCAAACACACAAUGAAAUGCUCUAGAAAAAAGUAGUUGCCAUUUUUUUUUUUUUUUUGAUGUUUUUAUGCGCAUUUUCAUUUUCUGUUUUGUUUUCUCUCUGACAAAAUUAUCUUCAAUACUGCCAUUAUUUUUUCAGUGACUGUCUGAGCUGAAUAUUGGAAAGCCAUAGGUUAGAGAUGUCAAAAUGCAAAACUGUUAUUGAUCUGUGAGAUGUGAUGCAGAGUACACCCAGGUGUUGGUUUUUUCAGUAAAUGUUCAAUUCUCUCCUUAUUGUGCAAUCAUAUUGCCAAAGAAUGAUUUCAAGACCUAUUUCAUCACUACAUGUAAAUAUCAACGUUGUCCAAUACCGUGGCAAAAAAUAUAUAAAUGUUGUUUUAUUUUGUUUUCCAUUUUCUGAAAAACUGCAAUGAUGUUUAUGUGAUGUAUUGUCUUCCAGUUGGUUGCAAUAAUAAAAAAUACAAGUUGCAGAAGA